AUGCAGCACUCGCUCGUCUACCACUCGACCACCCAGCGCCAGCGGCCCGAGCGUCGCUCGCUCACCCAUCCUGCCGCUACCAAACACCGCAUCCAGCGUCCAGCCCUCUGCCGCUACCAAACACCGCAUCCAACGUCCAGCCCUCUGCCGCUCACCGCCCACCGCCCAAGCACCCAGCAGCACCGCACUCUGCAGCUCACCACACUCUGCGAGUUCUGCCUUACCUGCGCCUCCUGGAGGUCCCUCCUGGAGGGGGAGCCCACCUCGCCCCCCGCCUCCCCGCAGGUGAUCGACAAGAGGCAGCAGUGCAGGGUCACCGUAUGUGUGUGCCGCGUGGCAGAGCUGCUGGAGGAGCACCUGCGGGAGAUCCGUGCUCUGCGACGCCGUCUGGAGGAGUCGAUUCUCACCAACGAGCAGCUCCGGCGCCAGCUGGAGCAGCGGCUCGCCGACUCGGAGCACGGCAACUCCACCAACAUCUACAUUCAACGCUCGGAGGAGAACCGCUGGCACCGCGAGCGUAGCGGACCCCACGACGCCGGCUCGGAGGAAGAGGCGGUCCUCAGGGAGGCGCUGCUGCGCAAGACGGAGGAGCUGGAGCAGCUCGGCGCCGAGCUGGACGCGUCACGCUCGCAGCUGGCGCAGCGCCAGUCCGAGCUGGACGCGGCGCGGGCGGCCGGCGAGCGGCUCCGGCGCGAGCUGGAGGAGACGCGGGCGCGGGCGGGAGAGGAGACCCGGCGGGCGAGCGCCGAACUGGAACGGGCCGACCGGGAGCGGGCGGGAGCCAAGGCCGAGCUGGAGCGCGUGCUGGCGCAGGCGAGGGAGGCGGCGUCCGAACUGGAGGUGGCGCGGGAGAGGCUGCGCGGCGCCGAGCGGGCGGGGGAGGAUCUGCGCGCCGAGCUGGCGGCGGAGCGGGGCGAGCGCCGGAGGGCGGAGGCGGAGAAGGGAGAGAGGGACGCGCGGGAGAGGGCGGCGCCAGCCGGCGAUCACGGCGACGACGGAGAGGAGCUGUCGCGCCAGCUGCGGGCCGCCCACGACGACAUCAACAGGCUGCAGGGUGAGGUGGGCUGGCUCAAGCAGCAGCUGGGAGAGGCACAGCAGGUGGUGACGUCGCUGAAGGUGGAGAUGAAGGUGCAGGAGCGUCUCAGCGGCACUCCUGCCGCCCGCCACACAGACAAGAAGGCGGUGCUGAGUCGCCGGCGCUCCACGGACGCCCUCGGGCACGACACCGGGGCGCGACCCCCGACCCCCGACGCCGUGACGCUGGCGGAGCUGCUGGCGGAGAUGCGGGCACUGCGGAGAGAGCUGGAGCGCGGGAUCCAGGCGAACCAGGCCCUGCGGCUGCAGCUGCAAGCGCAGCUGUGGCAUGGGGAGCGGGCGCCGCCGCCGCCCCCCACCACGGCCCCCUCCCCCGCCGCGCCGGCUUCCACCAUCAACAUCAACUACAUGUGGCCGAGGGAUCCCUCCUCCCCUGCUAGCGCCGCCGGAGAAGACGGAGGAGGGAGCGUGCGGGCGACCCGCGGCGGAGCGGAGGCUGCCGACGGGACCCCGGGCCCGCAGGCGUUCCCCACGCCGCCCAGCUCCUCCUCGUCCCUGCGAGGACUCGACCUCUCCGAGUCGACGCUCAGCAGCAUCGAGGGCGUCCGCAGCGGCAGUGGUGUGCCGCGCCUCAAGGGCGGAAAGUCCUCCACCCCACACCCGGAGGGGAGCAAGGCAUUCUGGGAUGCGGCUGGCGGUCACGUGAUCGCGCUGGCCGGGGAUUACGACGCGCUGCGGCAGCGCGUGGCCGAGGGGCGGCUCCUGAUCCGCGGCAUGGACUCGCGCAUCCGCGACUGCCUCAACACGCUGGCGCAGCACGUCGCCGGGCGCACGACGUCGGACGUGGCGACGGUGCGGGAGCUGCGUGGGAACGUGAGCGCCAUGCAGCAGCUGCUGGAGGAGGCUGCCGCCCUGCUGCAGCUCUUCUGGCGCGCGGCACUGCCACCCACGGCGCCGGCGGGGGCGCCGGCGACACACACGCAGGGUGGCGUGCUGAGCGACGAGGUGACGCGGCUGCGGCGCAAAUUGACGGAGCAAGAGUCGCUGCUGCAGAGCACCGUGAGCCGCCUUCGCACCUCCAACCAGCGCAAGGACAGCGUGGAGCGGGCAAUCAUCAAGCAGCUGACCAGGACGCACGAGGUGCUCAAGAAGGCUCGCGGCAACUUGGAGCCCACGCAGGUGAACCCCUACCUGGCCUUGGGUCUCGGAUUCGCUCCUCUGAUGAGCUCAGCAGCACGCGCAGGCAGCCUGUCCCCCGGCUCGCUGAGCUCCGGACUCUCCAGGACGUGGGACCCCCUCUGCAGUUCCGCAGGGAACUCGGCCCCCAGCAGCCCGGAGCUGGCGCACUCGCCCUGCCACUACUGAGCCCCGUGUCCGGCACCCAGCGGCACCCGACCACCCAGCACAAUAGCGCUCGCCACCCAGCAUGCAGCACUCGCUCGUCUACCACUCGACCACCCAGCGCCAGCGGCCCGAGCGUCGCUCGCUCACCCAUCCUGCCGCUACCAAACACCGCAUCCAGCGUCCAGCCCUCUGCCGCUACCAAACACCGCAUCCAACGUCCAGCCCUCUGCCGCUCACCGCCCACCGCCCAAGCACCCAGCAGCACCGCACUCUGCAGCUCACCACACGUAGCCUAACACCGCCACCGCUACACCGCUCAACCCACGCCACAACCACCGCCACCACUGCAUGGCUGAUCGCUCGCCGGUACUCGCGAUCCCGCGCCGUUUCCUUUUGCCGAGCCCUCGGACACCGUCACGACGUCGAACCGUUUCCGUGGCCGAGUUCGCGGCAGGUGGUGGCGGGUUUGUAUCAGGGCAUUAGAAGGUCGUGGCAGGUCAUUAGAAGGUCUUGGCAGAUUACGGGAACUCGUAGCAGGUUGUAGACAGGGCUUCAUUUCAGCAGUCUGGGUCGGCUAGCCAGAAAAUAUUUCUGUGCCCGGCACACCACCUCUAGGAUUCCUUUUCUCGCUUAUCGCUGUGGCUACUGGGCACGUGCCACCUACUAAUCCAGCCUACCUGUAGCAGCAGCAGCAGCCUUGAAAAUAUUGCGUGCUAAAUUAAGCCCCGGUUGUAUGCGUUUGUAGCAAUUCAUACUCAUGGCAGGUUGUGGAAUGUUGUAGGUAUCUGGCAGCUCACAGGUACACGUGGCAGGUCACAGAUACACGUGGCAGGUCACAGGUACACGUGGCAGGUCACAGACGGUGGCAGGAUGGUGAGAAGGUGCCCUUGGCAGCUUCUCCGUCAUUGGUAGAGAGGGAAGUGAGAUUAAGAGUAUGGAAGUGAGAUGGUCCAGGGUUGUGUUGGGGGGCUCCCAACAGGGCUGGGUUGUGGGAGGCAGGGGGUAGGCCCAGCAUGGCUGGCUGUCCCCCAUUGGUCCAGUGUGGCCAACUCAGACACCAGAACCCAAAUUAUGAUUAAUUCCAACACCUCGAUUAUAUUUUUUUAAGACUUGGUUGCCAACCAGAGGCCCCAAGGCCCAAAACGUCAAGCAGCCAGUAACAAACAGUACAAUUGAGUUGUAAUAGAUAAGAGUGAACAAGUUUCGCGAAUUGAGCACGUUUAUUAUCAUUAUUAUAAGAGCUUGGUGGAAAAGAGACAAUGGGAGGAGGGAAUUCCAUAUUUAUGAAUUUCGACUGUUUCAGGAAUAAUGUUCCGUAGCGUCCUGGCUGUAGAGACAGGUUUGUAAAACAAACAAUUGAGACGGGAUGUGAUGUCGUGUGGCCGCUCACCACGGGUAACUGAUCUUCCUCUUUGGCCCUCGGCACGGAAGAGGUUUCUCACCCCUGGCUCUCCUGACGAGGUGCGUUGUAGCGCACUGUCGUCAUGCCGUCACAACACGGAGAGAGGAGGGGGGAGGUCAGCCUCUGGGUCAGGGUUCAGGUUGGGGUGACCCGCCCACGUGGAUCAGCGGUAGAGCGAGCGCCUCGGACUCAAUCGGAAGGGAACGAGUUCAAAUCCUAGUUGGGGAGCGGGGGUGUUGACACUGUUCAUCAUCCCUCUCUCUGGGGUCGAUAGAAGUACCGCAUUGUGUGGAAGCUCAACGGUGAUUGUCCUAUGAGUAGACUCGCCCCCACCAAAGGAAUGUGGAGUUUCCCCCGCUGGCUCUGCAGAGCAGUCUCUAGAUGGGAGAUGAGCCUGGGGUCUGGGUGGGGGCCGCCAUCUGUCGCGACGGCCAGGCGGGCGACGUGAUCCUCGCCAUGGGCCGCGGGGAGAGGGGAGACGUUGUGAUCUGUGUUGACGAUGUCGUCAAUGGUUUAUCUCGGAGGCCGCUGCGCAAUAAUGUUUGGUCGAUUCCUUUCAGAGGAUCGCCUGAGACGGUGAUUAUGAAUGGAGUGGGUACGAGCGGGAGGGGUAUCCGAGGUCUUGGCACAACGUAGCCGCAGCGCUGACCCCACGUCAGUCAUCUCCACUCGCUCACUAACCACGCCAGCCAACCAGACCAUAGUACUGGCCCUAACCAGAACUAACUAGAUACUAACCACACUGGCCAGCCAGAUGCUAAUACUGGCUGUAUCCCUCAGUCUAAAUGUAUCCCUAACCUAGUGACACUAGCCAGCCACACUCCAGUACUGGCCCUAACUCUAACCAGUACUAACCAGACUGACCAUACUAACUCGCUCGAUUAUAAUUCUGACUUUAACGAGUAACCACACCAGCCAGCCAGGCCAUAACCAAACCAACCAACACUUUAACCCCUUCACUGCCGAACGGCCCAACACACUGCGAGACAUCCCAACAUACGAACUCUUGUCACUGCUGAACGUCCCAGCAUCAACAUCACCCUCAAGGCACGACCAAACCCGGACGCGCUCAGCGCGUGUGUUAGUUACCUUGUCCCGUUCCACGGAGGUUCUAGGAAUCUCAAUCGAGAGCUCGGUGUCGCGCUUUCAUGGAAGGGCCCUGUAAGCGUCAUUGCAGUCGUGGCGCGGUAAUGAGGAGAUGAGACUGAAGGCUUCCGAAUGUAAGGGAUUUAACCCUUCAGCUGCCACCACCGUAAGUGCCGCGAGCUUUGCCGUUCCUCUGCCUUUAAGUCUGCGAGUUCUGCCUUACCUGCGCCUCCUGGAGGUCCCUCCUGGAGGGGGAGCCCACCUCGCCCCCCGCCUCCCCGCAGGUGAUCGACAAGAGGCAGCAGGUGCCCGAGUGUUACCUGUUCACAGGUGUACACACUCGCGCACAGGGGUUCAGUAUGAAUACUGAUUUGAUGGUUACCUUUGCACGGGCACUUGGAUGGGCUGUACAGGUGUUGGGCGGCACUCUCGCCCUGCCUGUGCGCUGUGUGUAUGUAUAUAGAACGAUUCGUCGUCGAUGCUUAGCGGCUGGCACGUAUGUACAUAUGUGAAUUGCCAGUGGAAUUGGCCAGGCUGCCGAGCACGUGGCCGCGUCAUUGAGCAGUCACUGUUGAAGUUCGCACCCUUUGUGAGCGGUGGUCCGUGCGGUGGGGGGUGGCUAGGGGUGGGCUACGUGUCGCUGUGAAGUAACGCCGGCGCGAAUGCUGACCCUCGCCACGUUCUAGGCGUGACCCCUUGCUGUCACCACACCCUAGCCAGCCAGAACCCAGCCUCUAGCCAUAACCACUGUCGCCCAGCCAGACCCAGAGCGAAAACCAAGGGAUUCAUUUCUCACUGGAUAAUUUUGCAGUACGCUGUUUGGCUCGCUUGUCGUUGGUAGCAUUGGGCAUGCUUGCACUACCGCUAAGAGGAGAAGGUACGCCUAUACAUUGUAAUAAUACAAGAUUUCGGCAUAAAUUCCUGUGGAGCUAUGCUUAGAAUAAGCAGGACGAGAUGGAUAUGGUUACCAAAAUACCCCCCCCCCCCCCCCGGAAGCGGCUUUCCGGACUGUUCAGGCUGAAGUUGAGCAUUGGCGGUAACCAUAACCAAAUUAUCCAGCCAGGUCACAUCCACGGCUACUGAGUGAGGCUAUAGGGACCCCCGCGUGUAGCUUCAUCUCAAAAACCCGAGGCGCGUGACACGGACCUCCCCGAUCCCAAUCGGAGCCGUCUUCAAGCAGCCUCGAUCAUGCCCGCAGACCUGACAUUGUAUUGACGUAUACUGUAUAAAGUUACAGUAUUAUAUACUGUAACUUUAUACAGUAUUAUAUACUGUAUAAAGUUACAGUAUUAUAUACUGUAUGUAUCGGGUAUGUUUGACACGGCGUGGCGAGACGCCCCCCUGAUCCGGAGGCCCCGAGUUGGGGCCUCGGGAAACAGCCCCGGGUCCCCGAUCGCAUGCGCUGAGCCCAGUUGACCCCCACGGGUCCGUGCGCCCUCCCCAUGGACCCCUCGCCCCCCUCCCCCCCCAGUGUUAAUAAAACGAGGAGCGCUCCCAA